UUUUAAAAAAAUAUGUAUUUAACAUGAAGUUUUUGCAGAUGUCUGUGUGUGUGGAUUUUGAAAUUUUUACAACAAACUUAACUUUUCUAUCCAUUUUCCCGCGAAUUUACUCGCCUAUACCUUUCUUCCCUGGCUCCUCCAGCCAUGCCCGUGCCACUGACCUUUGGGGGUGGUGCAGGUGGACCAGGCUGGGGGCGGAGCCUGACCGCCCCGCCCCACCCGGUUCCCGGAAUAGGGCGCGGCGGCUGGGGACUUGAGCCGCGCGCUGCCAGGGCCGCCGUGGCGCGGCCAUGUCGCCGAGCCUAGGGAGCUGGCUGAGCAGUUGCUUCCUGGUGUCAGCACUUAGCAUGGUGCCACCUCCUGAAAAUGUCAGAAUCAAUUCAGUUAAUUUCAAGAACAUUCUACAAUGGGAUUCACCUGCUUUUCCCAAAGGAAAUCUGACCUUCACAGCUGAGUACCAGAGUUACAUGAAGUUCCAAGGCAUGUGCCAGAAGACGGCAUUGACGGAAUGCAAUUUCUCAAGUCUCUCCAAGUACGGCGACCACACUUUGAGAGUCAGAGCUGAAUUUGAAAAUGAGCAAUCAGAUUGGGUGUACCGCGACUUCUGCCCUGUGGAAGACACCAUCAUUGGACCUCCUGGCAUCCAAGUGGAAGUAAUUACCGAUUCUUUACAUUUGCGUUUCUUGGCCCCCAAAAUUGAGAAUGAACCUGAAACAUGGACCAUGAAGAAUAUUUAUAACUUAUGGGCCUAUGAAGUGCAAUAUUGGAAAAAUGGUACCGAUAAGAAGGUCCCGGUCACCCGGCAGUAUGACUUCUGGGUCCUCAAGAGCCUGGAGCCCUGGACCACGUACUGUGUUCAAGUGCGAGGGUCCGUCUCUGAUCGCAACAGGACGGGAGAAUGGAGUGAGCCAGUGUGCAAGCAGACAAGCAAGGACGACACUAGGCCCUCAUGGAUGGUAGCUGUCAUCCUCAUCGCCUCGGUCUUCGUGGUCUUCCUUGCCCUGCUGGCCUGCUUUGCUGCACUGUGGUGUAUCUACAAGAAGACCAAACACAUCUUCUCCCCUCGGAAUGCCCUGCCACAGCACCUGAAGGAGUUUCUAGGCCACCCACAUCAUAGCACACGUCUGAUCUUCUCCUUCCCACUGGCUGACGAGAGUGAAGUUUUUGACAAGCUCAGUGUCAUCACAGAAGACCUGGAAGGCAGCAGGCAGCAUCCCAACAACAGCUGCGGUGUUAGGACGCUGUUGGUGCAGGAACUCCCGGAGCUAGUGCCACAGGAGGUGGAAGAUCCUCACUCCCCACCUCUCCCAGACUGCCGGCAGGACAGUCAGAGGGACACAGAUGGAGCAGGAGCUGCAGCGCCAACCCCAAAACUGGAACGACCAGUGGAUGGACCUGUCCCCACAGCCACAGAGCUGGGUUUUAACAGCUGACCACAAAAUGACUCCUUUCCCGAGGCUCUGGCCGGUUCUCAACAGGCCGAACUCCAAAGGUGUGCUACCAGCCCCUGCGAGGCACUCCAUACGAACCGCCUUUCUGUUGUGUAGAUCACUCCCUUCUGUGAGCAAGGAUGGACAUGCUCUGAGCCCUGGGAAAAACGGACAGCAAGAAUCCACAACCUCUGCCCAGAAGUGGUUGCAGGACACUGGGCGGGCACCAACUUCCUGGGUCCUCAGAAGAGGACAGGAUUUACAUUUCUACCAAAGUGUGUUUUGUAUGCUGAGGGUGCUCUGUUGAAGUUACACAUUCCGCAUUUAGUCUGGAUGCAAUGAUGCCACGCUCAGGUCACUGUUAACCACAAAGCAAGUCUCUGGGUUUCACCUCAUUGAUAUCCCGCCUCUGGUUGGGUGCUGUGCUGGGUUUGGGGUCCUUUAUUUAUUUUUUUCUUUAAGAAUUAAUUUUAUUUGGAA